AUGGGACGACAAAAUAAUGAUCCGAAAGUUGUUGGUUCUUCCAUCGUACUUCUGCAAGAAAGAUUUCGACAAUUGCAGAGAUUAAAGGAGAAGAGAGAAGAGAGAGACCUUCUUAAGCUGUUCGUUGACCCUAUUCAGAACAAAAUGAGAUUUUCGUCACCAAAGCAUGAUUUUCAAGAUCCAUUGGCGCUUGGACUCAACUUGUAUGGCGAGAAUACAGCAGAUAUUCAAGCCCUCGAUACGCAGUUGCGUUCUGGUGCAGAUUUGAGGGUUCCUUGCAGUUUUGAAAUAAAUACUGAUGUCGAUACACCUCUUCACCUAUAG